GAACAAAAACAAGAACAAAAGCCAGAGAGACCAAAGAGAAAACUUAGUGAAAAACAACUUGCUGCAUUAGCUGCUGGAAGACAAAAGAACCCACGUUUGCUGGCAAAGAAAGCUAGAGAAGAAGCUGAAGCAAAGAAAGAGUAA